AUGGACAUCCCACCCAAUAAACUGAUCAGCCGAACUGAUACCGCCUAUGGACAUCCACCCAAUAAACUGAUCAGCCGAACUGAUACCGCCUAUGGACAUCCACCCAAUAAACUGAUCAGCCGAACUGAUACCGCCUAUGGACAUCCACCCAAUAAACUGAUCAGCCGAACUGAUACCGCCUAUGGACAUCCACCCAACAAACUGAUCGGCCGAACUGAUACCGCCUAUGUGCAUCCACCCAAUAAACUGAUCAGCCGAACUGAUACCGCCUAUGUACAUCCACCCAAUAAACUGAUCAGCCGAACAGAUACCGCCUAUGGACAUCCACCCAAUAAACUGAUCAGCCGAACUGAUACCGCCUAUGGACAUCCACCCAAUAAACUGAUCAGCCGAACUGAUACCGCCUUAUCGCCGCCACAUGGUCAGACAACAAACAAGAGCUCAUUUGAGACUCACCGCAAAUGA